AUUUAUUUUAUCCCAUGGGAAGAUGUGGUUAGGACAGUAUUCAGUUAGAUCAAAAGUCUUAUGCAGGGGGUUAUAACUCAUGAUAACGACAGGGUAGGUUGACAGACAGAAGAAUCACCUCAAGAUAAUCCUCGGCUAAGUGGAGAAGAAUAAAGAAAGCAUCAUUUCUAUACAAGAGGUUGGAGCUUGGUCGGCUGGCCAACGAAGUAUGUUAGUUGUUGUUGGUGCCUCGGGGGUCCGCGCAAGAGGUUGGAGCACCUCGGGCAAGAGGUUGGAGCAAGCACUUCGGGCAAGAGGUUGGAGCACUUCGGGCCUUUGCGGAGAGGAUGUGGAGGAGAUGCCGCCGCUUGGCAAUGAAGAUGAGCUGCUUCACACCUCCAGGCGAGCCUUCGUCGGUACGCCAUGGCUUCUCCACACAGUGCACUCCCGUGCACUAUGGGACUAGGUCCCGUAGUUCCUCUUUGGGGGCAACAUCUUCCGCGGCUGCUGCACGAGCUAUCUCCACAGCCAAAGGCCCACAUGUGCAAGAUUCCGAGGAGGAUGAGGACGAGGAGGAGGAGGAAGAGGAGCAGGAGGAUUCUUAUGGCAAACAGUUUGAAAUUGGGCCGUCGCUGCUUCAGGAUGCCCCUCCAGCUAUGGAGCUAGAGGAAGUAUCAUUUCAAUUCUUAGAAGAAAUUACGGAUGGUUUUUCUGAGGAGCGGAGACUUGGUGAAGGAGCAUUUGGAGUUGUUUACAAGGGAGUGACUAAAAACGGUGGUGUUGUUGCUGUGAAGAAACUGAAGUAUCCUGAUGUCGAUCCGGAAUAUAUGCAGUUCAAAAAUGAGUUUGACCACCUCAAGAAACUUAGGCAUCCGAACAUUGUACAGAUUCUUGGCUAUUGCUACGAAACACAGAAAAAACCUUUUAUCAUGGAUGACCGAACUAAGGUGACCACUGAGGAGAUAUAUGCAGCACUCUGCUUGGAGUAUUUGGACAAUGGGAGCCUUCAAAAGCAUCUUUCUGACAAGUUUUGUGAACUUGACUGGCACACAAGGUUCAAAAUAAUUAAGGGGACUUGUGAGGGUCUAAAGUAUAUUCAUGACAAGCUGGAAGAACCUAUUUACCACCUGGACAUAAAACCUGCCAACAUAUUGCUCGAUAAGGACAUGGUGCCAAAGAUUGCUGAUUUUGGUUUGUCAAGGAUCAUUGGUAAAGAACAAAUAUGUAAGGCAAAAGAUCGAUAUGGAACACCUGGUUACCAGCCACCGGAACACAUCGAGACAGGUGAAAUCUCCAGAAAGUUUGACAUAUUCAGCUUGGGUAUAGUAAUUAUAAAGAUAGUGUCAGGACCUGAAGGCUACGCCAUAUAUCUGGACGGCAUGUCUACGGAUGAGUUUAAUAAGGAUGAGUUUAUUAAUCAAGUCCGAAAAGAUUGGAGGAAUAGGUUGCAGGCAACUUAUAGAGAUGAUUUUUCGAUUGAAGCAUAUUGCCACCAAGUAGAGGCAUGCACUCAGAUAGCGGUGAACUGUGUGGAGAAAGAUAAGCAGAAAAGGCCAGAUAUAUUGAAGAUCACUGAAAUGCUGAAUGAGAUUGAAAUUGAUGUUGGCCAGCUUCGCCGUAAAAGAUGUCACAUAACAGUUUCUGCAGCGAUCUCGCAUACCAAAAAUAUGCGAAAGGAAUCAGAGGAUAUCACAGGUGAACACAAGAAUGUUAAUUUGAUGACAGGACCUAGUUGCAGUGAACUACUGGAAUUUGUUCAUGCACCAGAAAAGCACAUUGUAGGGAGGACAGAAGAGAAAUUGGAAUUUGUUCAUGCACCAGAAAAGAACAUUGUAGGGAGGACAGAAGAGAAAGUGGAAUUUGUUCAUGCACCAGAAAAGCGCAUUGUAGGGAGGACAGAAGAGAAAGUGAAAAUUAUGGCUUCUUUAGUUGAGGGCGUGUCAAGGAAGAUAACAAUCCUUCCUAUAUAUGGUAUGGGAGGAAUUGGUAAGACAACUUUUGCAAGACUAAUUUACGAUGAUUCAAAGUUUGAUUAUUAUUCUAAAGUAUGGGUCAAUGUGUCCCAGAGAUUUGACCUGAAUACAAUUCUUAAGACUAUAAAUUCACAGCUAUCUGGAAAAGAAAGCCCGUCUAAUAAAAGAAGCCUCUCAGAGCUACUUUCAGAUAAGAAUAUUUUGAUUGUUUUAGAUGACCUAUGGGAGGACAAUCAGUUCAUGCUGAAAGAGUUGAAGGAUAAACUAUAUCAUGAUAAGAGCAACAUAACUAUUUUGGUAACAACACGCAGCGAACGUGUUGCGGAGAUAAUGUGUACUAACCUUCAACCAUACAAGAUAUUACCAUUGACAGAUGAAAUGUGCUGGGAUAUAAUUAAACAAAGAAGUGGUUUUGAAGAUAGAGACGACAAAGAACAGUUGAUGGGUAUAGGACGGGAGAUUGCCCAGAAGUGUGGUGGUAUGCCUUUAGCAGCUCUAUCUCUUGGCUUCACUUUACGGUCCAUGAAUUUUGAUCUAUGGAUGAAAGUGAAUGACAGUGAUAUCUGGAAUGAAUCUUUUUCGAAUGAGCUCUCUGUGCCAAAUCCUGUUCUUCCAUCUUUGAAGUUAAGUUAUAGCCAUAUAUCGUCCCCAUGCUUAAAGCAAUGCUUUAUCUACUGUUCAACAUUUCCAAAAGGUCACGAGAUGCUCAAAGAUGAUCUAAUUUACCAAUGGAUUUCUUUGGAUUUCAUCAAGCCAACAAAGCUACACUCCAAUAUCGAGCUUGGUGAAAAGUAUAUUGUGCAGCUCCUUGGAUUGUCCUUUCUUUCCUUUCUUCAACAAUCGGUCUCAACUGAGAAUUCUAGUGCGUACCCUGAACAAGGCAAAUUGUUUACCAUGCACGAUCUGGUGCAUGACUUGGCAAUUUCACUCUUUGACAAUCAAAUUCUGGAUCAGAGCAAACAAGGCAACAAUAGUGGAAGCAGUUGUCAAUAUGCGCUGCUCACUGAUUGUAGCAAGGCGCUGGAGGUGUGCUUGACUCCUCGUGCAAGGCUAAUAAGACUGAGUUUUCUGGAUAAUUCCAGAAGCAAAUUAAGCGAUGCUGCAUUUACUGCUAGUUCCAUGCGAGUAGCUGAUAUCAGCGAGUCUUCCGUACAGACGUUGCCAGAUUAUUCUACCGGUAAAUGGAAGCAGUUGAGAUAUCUUAAUGCUCCUGGGAUCCCGGAUCGAAUGGUUCCUGAAAGUAUUACAACGCUCACGAAGUUGAUUUAUCUCAAUCUUCAGGGAUCUGCUAUCAUAGCACUACCAGAGUCCAUUGGAGAAAUGGAAUGUCUGACGCAUCUUGAUUUAUCAGCCUGUGAAAGAUUACAACAAUUGCCAGACUCAUUUAGGAAUCUGGAAAAACUGGUGCAUCUGAAUUUCUCCAAUUGCUAUCAUGUUAAAGGUGUACCGGAUGUUUUGAAAGGCCUUACAAAUCUCCAAUACUUGAAUUUAUCUCAAUGCUCCCUUGGAGCUUUUAAUUGCCGACUCAGAGGGCUACAGGACGUCAUUGGUAAUCUCACUAGACUGCGCUAUUUAAAUGUCAGUAAUUCCCUUCAUGACAUUCCAGUGGACGGAAUCAAUAGUAUCCUGAGAUCGAUCUGUACCUUUUCCAAUCUACAACAUCUGGUUUUGUCUGCAAAUUUUAAUAUUUUCUGCAUACCUGAAACUGUUGGGAAGCUCACGAAGCUACAUACACUGGACCUUAGAUUUUGCUCCAACCUACGCAGGCUUCCUGCAAGUAUAUCUGAAAUUGACAGCCUCAAGUUUCUAGAUGUCACCGAUUGCGACAUGCUAGAUAAAUCUAAGUUACCUCGGUUCAGCAAAUGCUCAGUGUUUCUUCCACACUUUUUUGUCCAUGCUGGUGAUGGUAAACCUAGCAGCAACCUUGUUGAACUCAAGGAUGAAAAUCCUCCUAAGUUGGAGAUAAGCGGGCUUGAAAACGUGAAGUCCGUAGAAGAGGCACAGAUGAUAAAGCUUGUCGAAAAAACUACCACACGGGAACUGCAACUUGAGUGGACCAAAGAUGCGAAGAGAUCAGCGGAGGACAUAGAUGUGCUAAGAGAAUUUGUGCCAGCAAGCACUUUAGAGGUAUUCACUCUACAUGGUUACAACAGCGUAAGUUUUCCCACCUGGGUGAUCCGCAUUGCUAUCAACCUACCCCUAAUUCGCACUAUUGAACUGAACGAUUUGCCCUGGUGCCGCACACUACCACCACUAGGUCAACUACAGAACCUUCUUAGCCUGUUUAUUAUACAAAUGGGCAGCAUUAGGAAGAUUGACGAGGACCUGUGUGGCGGUGCGAGAGCAUUUCCAAAACUGCAUUGGUUAGGCAUAGAGAGAAUGGAAAACCUGGAAGAGUGGAACACGACAUACUCCCAUAGUGAAGAUGGCUCAGGUGUGCUCGUAUUUCCUAAAAAAAUGGAAAUGUAUAUAGUGGACUGCCCCAAGCUGAAGCUGAGACCUCGUCCGCCUGCUGGUUUCUCUGACUGGGUCAUAAAGGGUAGUGAUAAUGUACUGUCGUCUUGGGGAGAGGAGGAGCACUGUCAAGUAACAGAGCUUUUUGUCAGGAACAGCAAGGUUCCUCUCCAUCAGUGGAGGGUUCUCUACCACCUCCCUGCGCUCAGUAUAUUAAGGAUUUUAGAGUGUAGGGAUCUGACAUGCAGCUCACUGGAUAUCCUUCGAGGUCACCCAACCCUAAAGAUUUUGACCGUGGAAGACAGUGAAAGCAUUGCAGGGCUGCUGGAUGGGUUGGAAACACUAACCUCUCUCGAAAAACUUGAGAUAAUCAGUUGCACCGGCGCCAAGGCUUUGCCAGAGGGAAUAACGCAACUUACCAACCUCCUAUGUUUGAAAAUCAAGAAAUGCCCAGAACUCGUUCAGUGGUGUAAAUCAGAGGAGAACAGUAUGAAGCUGGCUCACAUCAAGAAAAUAAAACUGGUGAAUGAUGGAGAGUGUGAUGAAGAAUUGGAAAGUGAUGAAGAGCGUGACGAAGAAUUGGAAAGUGAUGAAGAGAGUGAUGAAGAAUUGGAAACUGAUGAUGAGAGUGUCGAAGAAUUGGAAAGUGAUGAAGAGAACCACCAAGAAGAAUUGGAGAGUGAUGAAAAGAAUGAGGAAUAAUUGGAGAGUGAUCAAGAUGAAAUAUGAUCAAAAGGCACAGUUGAAAGUGUGUAAUCUGGUGGACGUUGUGCUGAAAAACAUCCUAGUACUUUUAAUAAACAUCUCAUAGCUAUAGUUGAAAGUGUGUAAUCUGGUGGACAUUGUGUUGAAAAGCAUCUUAAUACUUUUAAAUAUCUCAUAGCUAUAGGCUAAAGGUGUGUAAUCUAGUGGACGUUGUGCUGAAAAACAUCUUAGUACUUUUAUACAUCUCAUAGGCACAGUUAAAAUUGUGUAAUCUGGUGGGCGUUGUGCUGAAAAACAUCUUACUACUUGUAAACUUCUCA